AUGUCCCGUCUUUGUUCCUCUCGUCUUCUUUCCUCUCCACAAAUCUGUCUACGCUCUCUCUGUCUUUUACCUUUUUACUAUCGCUUUUUCUUAGGCUUUAGCAUUAUCUUCCUUUCCACUCACUUCCUUUCUUUCUUUUAUAUCACUUCCUGUGAGCUUCUUCCUAAGAAUUGUUGUUUUGUGAAAGAGUGUAUAAAAUCUAUCUAUCUAUCUAUCUAUCUAUCUAUCUAUCUAUCUAUCUAUCUAUCUAUCUUAGUUUUGUCAUUAUCUAUCUAUCUAUCUAUUUCACUCUAUCUCAUUCUCAUCUAUCUAUCCCAUUCUAUUUAUAUCUAUCUAUCUUUCUAUCUAUCUAUCUAUCUUAGUUUUGUCAUCUAUCUAUCUAUCUAUCUAUCUAUCUAUCUAUCAUCUAUCUAUCUAUCUAUCUAUCUCAGUCUAUCUUUAUCUAUCUAUCCCAUUUUAUUCAUAUCUAUCUAUCUAUCUAUCUAUCUAUCUAUCUUAUCUAUCUAUCUCUAUCUCUUCUUAGUUUUGUCAUUAUCUAUCUAUCUAUCUAUCUAUCUAUCUAUCUAUCUAUCUAUUUUAGUUUUGUCAUUGUCCAUCUAUCUAUCUAUCUAUCUAUCUAUCUAUCUAUCUAUCUAUCUAUCUCAUCUAUUCAUUCAUCUAUCUAUCUAUCUAUCAUUCUAUCUAUCUAUCUAUCUAUCUAUCUAUCUAUCUAUCUAUCUAUCUAUCAUAUCUAUCUAUCUAUCUAUCUAUCUAUCUAUCAGUCUGUCUUUUCACAUCUAUCUAUCUAUCUACCUAUCUAUGCAUCUAUCUAUCUGUUCAUAUCUAUCUCAAUGUGUUCAUAUAUCUAUCUAUCUAUCUAUCUAUCUAUCUAUCUAUCUAUCUAUCUAUCUAUCUAUCUAUCUAUCUCAUUCUCAUCUAUCUAUCCCAUUCUAUUUAUAUCUAUAUAUCUAUCUAUCUGUUCAUAUCUAUCUAUCUAUCUCAGCCACUCCAUAUCUAUCUAUCUAUCUAUCUAUCUAUCUAUCUAUCUAUCUGAAUAUGUUCUUACAUAUUUAUCUCUUCAUAUCUGUUUGUGAUAACGUUGCUGUCUUUACUGAACGAAACAUUUUUCUCAUUAAGUUCAUCUGUUUUUAUAUAGAUCUGUUUGACCGCCAAAACUUAAUGCUUUCUUUCUCUCCCUUUCUCUCUCUCUCCCUUUCUCUCUCUCUUUCUCUCUCUCUCUUUCUGUACUUGUUCCCUCUUCAUUCUCUCCUUGUACGUUCUCUCUCACUCCCUUAUCGACCUCUCUAUUUCUUGUCAUCCAGCAGGCUUUCCUGCCACAGGACCAUUCCUGCUUUCACCUUUUCACUCACUUAUCGACUUCUUCGAGUCAUAUUCCUUUCAAACUUUCUCUCCAUAUACUCGCAUCUCUCUCUUUUAUUCUAA